UUCUCCUGCUCCUGAGGCGACGGCCACCCCACUUUCUCCAUUGCUCUCCCGCUCCCCGCUCCAAAACCAAAAGCGCGGGCAGGCCCCUCUUCUCCGCGUCUCGCAGCAGGUAGAGUGUGUGCGCUCCAGGCUGGUUCUCUGGCCCAGGCUGCUUAAGCGGCCUUAUGGCCCUGAGCCGGGAGGUCUGGAGCAGGCGCUCUGUGCUCCCGCUGCUGCUGCUGCUGCUGCUGCUGCAGCCAUGCGCGGCCGACUACUGCAGCUGGAAGGGCAGUGGUUUGAACUGGGAACCACAUUCCCGUGCUGUGGAACAGGUCCACCUCCGCUGUACCGAAGGCUUCCUGGAAUGGAUGUACCCAGCACGAGCCCUCCGUGUCAUCUUGGAGCCCAACCUCUCAAGUUCCCAACACAUCACUGUCUGCAUCAAACCUUUCCACAAUUUUCAAGGUGCCAACCUCUAUGUAGAGCAUGGAGAACAGUUGCACCUGCUGGUGAGCGAGGCUGAAGAGUCACGGCGGCACCAGGUCUCAUGCUUCAGCAGCCAUACCCCUCAGCGAGUGGCCCUCUUCUUACAGGCCACUCCUCAGGGGGACAUCGGCCGCAAGUCUGCCAGCUUCCAGUAUGAACUGCUUAGCAACCGGAGUGCUGUGGGUCCAGACUUCCAGAAAAUGGCCCUUGUGGAAGUUGUGUGCCGUCCUUGUGAUAAUAUGGAGCUUCUCAUGGCCAUUUGCAGCAGUGAUUUUGUGGUGAGAGGAACAAUCCAAAACGUCAGCCAUGAUCCAGAAAAUCACGUGUCUUGGGUUGACGUUAGCGUGGACAGAGUCUACAGGCAGAAAAACCAGAUCUUUAAGCCAGAAGAAACCACGGGUGAGUGGCGAGGGCCCAUCAAAACCCUCCUGCAAUGUAAGGUGAAGAAAGGCGCUGGGGAUUUCCUGUUUACAGGCAACGAGCAUUUUGGCGAAGGGUGGUUGGGCUGUGCUUCAAGAUUUAAAGACUUCUGUGCUGUCUAUCAAACCGCCAGAGAGAGAGGAGCAAAUCCUUGUGAGUUUCAGUUUGACUGAUGCCUGCCAACCACGGUCAAGAUAACUGGUUUCAAAACAGUUUGUCUGUCUAGAGGAAUAGUCUCAAUUAUUGACACAGAUGGAGCACUAAAAGAAACGUCUGUGGGUGCCAGGAAGACUUGGCUUCCCGUCUUCCUCUGUCGUGGAAUUAAUGUGGUAUCUUGGGUUAAUUGGCGUCAUCUCGUUUCCCAUCUGUAAAAUCAGAAUGGUGGCCUACCUCACAGGGUUGUUGUGAGGGCAAACAAUAAAUAAAGCACUUUUGCUAAUAAAAAGGCAGAAAAAUGAUUAGUGAUUGUUGGAUCUAAAAUUCAAAGAACAUGUUAUGUAAAAAGGAGGAAGCAUCCCAGUUAAAGGGGAUUUUAUGCUAUGAAGUAUUAGGGAUGAAGACACCAGCUCUGUAAAGAAGAUAGGAACCUUGCUGAUUUAAUGGUUUCUAACUAUUUUAAGGAAGUAUCUCCAUUUUAGAGUUCGGAAUGUACUUUGAGGCAGA